AUGGACCACCCCACAUCGGUUCUACAGCGCGAUAGAUCUCGUUCACCACGUCGUCGUUCUCCAGACCAUCGUGAUCGUGCAAGGUCACCACGCAGUCCUCGCCAUCGUCGUAGAUCAUACUCACCUCGAAGCAGAUCUCGAAGCCGGGACGAUUACAGAAGGCGGUCCUCUCGCUCGCCUAUGAGUGGAAGCGGUGGCCAUCAAGGGGGAUACUCAGGAUCUGGAUACCAAGGUAGUAGCGGAGGGGCCGGUGGACCUCGUCGAAGUUACGAAGAACGUGCAGCCGCAAAGGACGCUAUGAUGCAGAGCCUUCGUGAUAGUUCCCAGCAGGACCGCCGCGUUUACGUCGGAAACCUUUCUUAUGAUGUCAAAUGGCAUCACCUUAAAGAUUUUAUGCGACAAGGUUGGUAUUCUACUCUUCCCUGAGACAAUCAAUUACCACCAUUUCCGUCAUCAUCUCCAUCACCAUCGUCAUCUUCAUUAUCCGCUAUCCAUGGCUAUCAUCUAUCUCGUCCCUUGGGUGAUAGUUCCGGUGGAUCUGAGUGGCGGUGGUGUAUCAUCUCAUUUCGUUUCCCCGCUCAUCGGCAUCUUAUUUCAUUGUCUUGAUUGGUUCGGAUGCUGACAUUUUCCCUCGCCGCCCCGCUCCAGCCGGAGAGGUCCUCUUCGCCGAUGUCUUGUUGCUUCCGAAUGGAAUGUCGAAGGUGGGCACAACUGUGAAAGAUACUGGGUGUUUUUUUGGUUUAUUUCUUUUGUGGGCUUCUUGUGGGAUGUGGUGAUUGACGGGGAUGGACACGGUCGUCCGCGGGUUACUUGUAGGGAUGCGGGUAUGCAACAUUGUCCUCCUGAUUGUCGUGCGUCAACGGCUAUGCUAAUCAGCAACUACAGGAUUGUGGAAUAUGCCACUAGGGAUCAAGCUCAGACUGCUGUUAACACCCUCAGCAAUCAGAAUCUAAUGGGCAGACUCGUCUAUGUCCGAGAGGUAAACCUAUAGAUAUCGGAACUCUCCCUUUUGCAAGAGAUGUUAAUUCCUCUUGAACGGUGUAGGAUCGUGAGGCAGAGCCUCGUUUUACUGGCCAGCAAGGCACUCGUCCUCCCUACCCCGGCGGUCCGCCGGGUGGCGGUUACCCCGGGGGUGGAUACUCUGGCGGCGGCGGCGGGGGUGGUGGUGUUCCUGGGGCCGGUGGGCGGCAGAUAUAUGUGUCCAAUGUGAGCCCCUGUCGCUUCCUGGGUGUGCACCUGAGCUGGCAUUCUGAUUCUCGCGAUAGCUUCCCUAUACUGUUGGUUGGCAGGACUUGAAGGACUUGUUCCGUCAAGCUGGUAAGCCCCUCUUUUAAGACUCAUUCUCCCUCAGUAAUUUGGUGUUGAAUCAAUUCAUCCUCCUGUGAACUCACAUGAUGAUAACUAAUACAACUCACACAGGUUCCGUUGUGCGUGCCGAUGUUCACAUUGGUCCUGACGGGCGCCCCAAAGGUAGUGGUGUAGUCGCGUUUGAGUCCCCUGAAGAUGCCCGUAAUGCUAUUGCGCAGUUCAACAACUAUGAUUGGCAAGGCCGUCAAUUGGAGGUUAGAGAGGACCGCUUCGCGGGGUCUAGUGGAUUUGGCGGUCGCGGUGGGGGUUUCGGUGGUGGCCGCGGGGGGGGUGGCUUUGGCGGUGGAUUUGGUGGCCGCGGCGGAGGCUUCCCUGGACGUGGCGGAGGCUUUGGAGGCGGGUACGGCGGAGGGCGCGGCGGAGGUCCUCCUGGUGCCGGCGGUAGCAGCUUCAGUGGGGGUUAUGGUGGAAGUGAUUAUGCCUCCGUGCCGCCUAACGAGUUCACGGAUCACGCCACUAGUGGAGGAGAACGCAGCGCGACAAUUUACGUCCGCAAUGUAGGGCCCACACUUUUGGCUAUUUUCUGUUCCUUCGAGGGUAGAUUUGCUGACUGUCCCAGCUUCCAUGGUCUACCAGCAACGAUGACCUGGUCGAGUUGUUUAAUACAAUUGGAAAGGUCGAACGUGCCGAGAUUCAGUAUGAGCCUAAUGGAAGAUCCAGGGGUACUGGUGUAGUCUUGUUUGAUACUGCCGAGAAUGCAGAAACAGCAAUUUGUAUGGAUGUUAAUCACGUUUUCGUGCUUCCUGAUGGAUGAGCUUGGCUGACUUUUUAAUCUUAGCCAAAUUCACCGGUUAUCUCUACGGGGGUCGCCCUCUGGGACUCUCGUAUGUCAAGUAUAGCAACUUUGGUAGCAACGGCGCCGACGCAAUGGAGGGUACCGAGCCUACCUUGACUCAAGACCAAAUGAUGUGAAAAUCUGGGGGGGAUAAUAUUGAGGACUGACUCGACAACUCACUUUUUAAGGGAUGGAUUGUAUUAACGUUCUUUUUUCUCGUCUUUCAAUGUUCCUAUGCGUCUAUUGGGUUGUUUAGGGUUUGCCGUUCCUCGCGAGAUCGCAAAAAAAAAAAAAGUUUGGUCUUGUGUGUUUUCUCGCUCUCACUUUUCCCCCUCUAUGGGAUUUUCAUUACCCUUGUUCGUCCCUCUGUUCUCCAUUGUCUUUUUUUAGUCUUAACUUCAUCUAUUCAAAUUCUCCCUUUUGUGUUUUUAGCUAUUUUCAUUUAUCUCCCCUUUCUUUAUUAGUCAGCCUUCGUUGUCGUUCUUGUUUUUUUUCCUUAUGCAAAAAAAAAAAAAGUUGAAGGUUUGUGGUGAAUGGAUUGUACCAGCUCGAGCGAUCACAAAGCAUCAAGGUUGAAGUUGAAUAUUUAUUAUUAUUAUUAUCAUCGUGUUGAUUUGAUGGCUGGUUGGUAGUUUUAGCUCGAAGUUGAGAUGGUAGGUUUUUGGUAGUUUGGUGACAUACUGAACAAGGAGGGAGUAUGGAGAGCGAUAACGGACAUCGGGGGGAGAGAAGUUGUGUGUAUCAGUAAUUAUUCGAUUGGAGGUGAAGGUAAUUGUUAUAAUAUGAUAGUUUUUUUUCUCUUUCAUUCACUUUUUCUUUAAUUCCCCUUACUUUUAAUGGUUGGUGUGGUGGUGGUAGUACGAACUAUGGGUUAUUAACAUGAUUGAUUGGGAUGCUCUGGUUGGAGUGUUUGGUAGCCAAAUAGAAAGGAGAGCGGUAGGUAUGUAAAUCCCUGUAGCAGGAGUAAGAAACAAAGAGGAGGUGAAAAGAUGGAAGCGGGCUGGAUAUGGAGAGAUUGUGGUAUCCACUACCAGCUGAUAGGAUCCCAUAUAAGAUGUCUCGUCUGGUUGCCUCCAAGACUCCCUAAGGUGCUGGUACUGUACCGUAUAGACCACGCUUUACUUUUAUAUCUCCGUGGAAGAAUGAGUGGAAAGAAUGAAGGGAGAAAUGGAGGAAGGGGAGAAACAAGGAAGGAUCGACCAAAAUUGCACUGAUACUGUAGCAAUCUUGAACAAUGUAUGAAGUCUCCUAAGUGAGCAGGAGCCGGAGAAGGCAGAAUGAUAGGUGUACGAGUGAGGAACGGUGAAUGAGUUAUUUAUACCAUAUUACCUUAUCCCAGUCCAGAAUUCUCUAGCAGUCGUAACAUUAUGAUACCAAUCAUUAGGCGAUAUUUGCCACCGUAUAUAGCGGUUGGUGAGCAGGUACCACUCAAAAGCUGUGGAAAGGAGGAAGGGUAAUUGAAGUGUGAAGUCAAGUCCUCUGGAUA